AUGGCUCAUCGACUCUUCACAAAUCCAAAUAAUAAUAAUAACAGUAACAAUAAUAAUCACAUGAUGUAUGGAUCUCUUUCUCCACCAAUAGAUCAAGUACGUAGACACUCGUUUGAAGGUGUUGGUAGUGGUGUUGGUGGUUCGAGUAAUAGUAUUGGCACUUCUUCUUCUUCAUUGUUAAACAACAAUAUUCACUCUUCUGAAGCGCUAGUGUCAAACAACCAUCCAACAGGAUCCAUCCUUGGUAGUAGUAGUAGUAGUAGUGCAAUUACUACGAACAAUACAAGUACACACAGCAACCAUACACCACCACUACUCCUUUCAUCUUCUCUUCCAUUGCAACCAUACACCACCACAAGUCGUUUGAUGCAACAACAACAACAAACAUCUUCACCUCAUCAUCAUCAUCAAAGAACAGCAUCAGCAUUUCCUGCAUCACCUCUUCAUCGAGGAACCAGUGAAUCUAAAAUCAAUCCAGAAUCUCAUGGUGCACCAUCAUACAUGAUUAAUGGUGGAAUGAAUAGUCCUUCAAGUAAUCAUGUAUUUGGUGGUACAAGUAGUAGUAAUAAUAAUAAUUCACCACGAGUACAAACUCCUUCAUCACUCACUCCAUCACGUCAUCAUAGUGUUCAUGUGAGUGGUAGUGGUGGUAUGAGUAGUGGUGGUGCUAAUAAUUUUAUUCAUGAUCUCUCACCAUCUCUAUUGAUCCAUUCAACAACAACAACUAGUAGUAGUAGUACUAGUAAUAAUAAUAGUAAUACUCAUAAUAAUAUUCAACACUCGAGUGACACAUCUUCCAAUAAUGAUAUGAAUUUAAUGUUCAUGAUGAUGGAUCAGUCUGUUAUUAAUCAAUCAUCAAAUAUUAGAACUUCGUUGAAAUAUGAUCGAAAUAAUUCAUCAUCCAAUAAUAGUAGUGAUAAGAAUGCACCUAAAUCUGUGUUAAUUCAAAAUAUUGUUCAUGAUCUUAUUGAAGAAUUGACAAAUAUUAUUAAAAAAGAUUUAAAUGCACAUCAUACAGGUCAUACUAGUAGUAGUAGUGGUACGAGUGGUAUUGGUGGUAUUAGUGGUAUUGGUGGUAUGAGUGGUGGUCAUUCAAGUCAUACCUCUCAUCAUAACAGUGGACAAUAUUUAUCAAGUCAUGGAAGUAUGGAUUUUACAUCAUCCAUGAUGAUGCAUGGUAUGAGUGGUAGUGGUGCUGGUGGUGCUGUUGGUGGUAUGAGUGGUGGUACGAGUGGUGGUAUGAGUGGUGGUAGUACCGGCAUGACAAUGAACACUAAUUCAAUGACAACAACCACAUCAACUACUACUACAAGUCAUAAUCAAAAUAAUAAUAUCAAUAACAAUGUCACAACACCAAUGAAUAACACCAACAAUACCAACAAUAAUAUUGCCACUACCAACAAUAUUCUACUUCCUAGUAAUAUCAUGAUGAUUGGUGGAACAGGUGGAUUAUUAAUGAAUAGUGGAAUGAAUACAUCUACUUUGAAUACUUCUCAAAAUAGUUCGAAUAGUUCAGGAUUAUUAAUGGGUAAUCAUUUGAAUCAUCAUUCUUUUAGUAGUGGUAUGGGAUCGAGUCUUGCAGCUUCUCUAUCGACUAGUACUCUGAAUUCGUCGACGAGUAAUAAUAUAUUGUACUCUUCAUUGAAUUUUCAAUAUGAAUAUCCUUUUAUGACUCCACUUGCAAAUCAUCAUGAUGACACGACAAACAAGUAUACAAAUAUUUAUUUUAAUAAUUCUCAUUCUUUGAAAUUACUUUUUAAAUAUCAUAAUGAGAAUAUCAUUUCCAAAGUAUUUAUUUACAAGGAAAUUCUUAAAAGAAUGCAAGACAAUGAAGAUAAUAUUACCAUUCUACUUUAUUGUCUCUAUUUAUUAAAAACAAUAUUAACAACAUUUAAAAGAGAUGAUCGACUAGUAGAUCAAUAUAAGAGUAUUUAUUAUUAUUGUAAAGAUGUACUUGUAAAGAAACAUCGAAAUGCUCAUUUACAAUCUCAAAUAUCAUUUACUAUUAAAUAUUUAUAUAGAUAUUUAAUUAAAAUAUUACAAAAGAAUCAAUUAUAUAUUCUCAACAUGUUAAACUAUGAUAAGAGAAUAUCAGGAUUGACUUCUCGAGUAUUUGAAUAUUAUUUAUACAAGAAUCGAUUAUUGAAUAAUGAAAUAUUGAAGUUGUAUCAACAACACGAAGAUUUUAUGAAACAAAAACAAUCCUCCAGUGUCAUGGAUUUUGUUUAUUUUGGAUCUCAAUUUAGAAAAUUUACUAAAUUUGAAGAUAAACAAGCAGAAUUGGAUUUGAGUCAUCGAGUAUUAAAUGUUGAGAAUAUGGAUACCAUUAGACAUCAAAUUGCAAGUAUUGAACAUGAGAUUAGAAAUCAAGGUCAUCGAGAAGAACAUGACACUUCUAUUAUUGAUGAAUUAUUAUUACCAAAUAUAUCUCAAUACAUUGAUCAAUACUAUGAAUAUAAGGAUAAUAAUGAUCAAUAUAUUGAAUCUAUUAUAGAUAAUUAUGAUCAAUUUAAUACUAUAUUAAAUCAAAUCGUGAAUGGAUGUAGUAGUAACUUGAUUGCAGAUGAAAACAAACUCAAUGACGCAUGUCUAUUAUUUGUCAUGAUGGUUUCACAUGCUGUUUAUGGUGGUAGUGCUCAAAAUGGUCAUGUGUCAUCCAUUCCUAGUCAUAUUCAUUCGUAUCAUCAUAACAAACUCACCAUGAAACAAUUGAAUAGUUUCUUUUUAGAAAUGAUGGACAAUCAUUCACUCACAUCCGUCUAUUAUGUAUUUAAACUUUUAUUUAAUAUUUAUUAUUAUAAUUUGAGUUUAUAUGAAAUGUAUCAAAAUAUUCCAAGUAUUGAAGUUGUGUUGAGUGAUUUAUUUUCUAAAUUUUGUGAUAUGGCCAUGGUGUUUUAUACAAGUCAUCAUGACAAGUUGAAUAGUACCAAAUCAAUGAGUAGUAGUACCAUGAGUAGUAGUACCAAAUCAAUGAGUAGUAGUACCAUGAAUAGUAGUACCAAAUCAAUGAGUAGUAGUACCAUGAAUAGUACCAUGAAUAGUAUCCAUCCAAGUCAAAGAGAUGAACAAUUAUUGGAACAAAUCAAAGCAUCAAUCUGUGAAAUGUUAUCCUUCUUUUUAUAUCAUCAUUUUAUGAUUUAUAAUACGAAUCAUAAUCCACUCUUAUCAACGAACACUCAUGGAAUCAAUGUAUUGGUCAUUGAAUUGAAUCCACAAAUUCUCAUUGAUGAUUUAGAUAUUCGAGUCGUCUAUGAUUUGAUUUUGUAUAGUUUGAAUGGUGAAAUGAGUGUGAAUAGUACGAAUAGUACUACUACGACGAAGACCAAGACGACGACGACGACGAGUGCGAGUACUACUACGAACACGAACAGUACUACUAACACGAACAGUACUACGAACAGUACUACAGAGAAUACUACCACUUCUUCUUCGAGUACGACUACUACUACUACUACUCAACAACAUGUGGGAGAGCAUUAUGAUCUAUUAAUAGCAUUAUUGUGUUUCCAACUGAAUCAACAACCUCAAUUAUUACAAAAAUUACCCUCUAAAAUUGAUUCUAUCAUUGAUCUCUAUAGCUCUUAUAACUAUUUAUUGAAUAUGAAUAGCAAAUAUAAUCUAUUUCUCAUAAUAUUUGAUUAUAUCAUUCAAAAAGAAUUACCAAGUAUUGAUCCAUUUCAAAGAGAUUUAUUAUUUUUAAUCUUUGAUAAGAGUAAUUUACCAAUCUAUGGUCAUUAUUUAUUUAAAUUUAUGCCCAAUGUUGAUAAGAAUUUUACCUUUGUUAAAUUAUUUACUAAAUUCUUUUAUUCGAAUUUUGUCAUGAAAUCAGAGAAUACAUUGAUACCACUUGGUAAUAAUUUUGAUAUGGAGAGUAUGAUGAAAUUUAUUAUUGGAUUACAACGAUUGUCAUGUCAUUAUUUAAAUUGUGAAUUUAAACCAUACAUUUCUCAACUUUUAACAAUUCACUCGAAUUUGACAUCUCCUCGUAGUGGUGUGAGUGUUACUUCUUCUAGUGCUGCUAUUUCUUCUUCUAGUACUACUAGUUCUACUAGUUCUACUAGUUCUAGUACUACUACUGCUUCUACUACUACUUCUAGUACUACUCACUCAUUGAAUUUAUUUGAUCAUUUAUUGAAAGAUUUAAUUUUUGAUAUCCAUGAUGAAUCCAAUCGAAGACAAGGUGAACUUGCAUUAUUUAAUAUUAUGAAAUUUACUGAAGAUUAUGAUUCAUUGACGAGUUCUUCGACAUUGAAUUAUUCGAGUUAUUUGGGAAGUACUACUACUAGUGGCGUUUUGAAUCAAACAACAAAUUCUUCUUCUUCUACUACCAUCAAUCAUUACUAUUCAGAAUUGAGACAACAAAUGAAUCAAUUACUCAAUGAAAUGAUUCAUCAUGAUUAUGCUCCAAUUCGAAUGAUUUAUUUAAAUUUAUUAGAAAAAAAGAUUCAAUUAUUGAAAUCGAAAUGUACCACACAUGGUGAUAGUGAAAAAGUGAAACUCAUGAUCAAAACAUUGAAUGAAUCUCUUCUAGAAUGUAUUGUAAAUAGAAAAGAGACAGAUACAAGAAUAUUGAUGAGAGCCUUUCAUUUGGUGUUUGAUUUUAUAUCCGUGUGUACAUUUCCACAUUCUUAUCAUCAAAUGUAUUCCAAUUCUGGUGGUAGUGGUAGUAGUGGUGGUGGUAUUGGUAGUAAUAAUAAUAACAAUACUAAUAGUACUAAUAAUGGUACUACGACUACUACUACUAAUAGUAAUAAUCAUAAUACUAGUACUGGUAAUCAUCGUACAACAACCUCACACUCUUCAUCCUUUCAUUCGAACAAUAGUAGCAAUGCAAAUCAUUCUACUAAUGGUAUUGCUGGUCACUCUUCCUAUCCACUCUAUCAUCAAGUCUUCAAUAUGGACAUUUAUGAUUUAUUCUUGAAUGGACAUGUUAGUAUUCCAUUCUAUUUAUUGAAAGAUAUUAGUAUUAGUAUUUUGUAUUAUUUAUUUGAGUCAUUACAUGCUUCCACUCCACAAACUCGUCAACUCUCUUCCAUUUCUUCGAUUUUACUCAUUCUCAUUAUUGAAAAGUGUAACAAAUCUCCACAUGUAUUGGCGAGUAUUGGUGGUAUUACAUUCUUUAAGAAUUUACUUCAACAAGAGAGAUAUAAUGCUACCAUUCUCUAUUACACAAGCAAGUAUUUGAUGAAACAAUUGAGUCAAUCUUUUCCAAAAGAGUAUUACAAGUAUUUAUCAAAUUUAAUUUUAAAAGCACAAACAGAGAAUUUACCAAACUUGUUGCAAAAUCCUUACAAUCCUUUCUUUAUUUAA